ACUUUAACACGAGGCAUGGAGGUGAGGGAGCUGGGAACUGGCGCCGUCCUCCACAAAUUCAUGUUUUUGUGUUUUACAGCUCCGUGGGGAAAGAGGAGGUGGAAAACAUUUUACGCCAUCUUGAAGGGGACCGUCAUCUACCUCAUGAAGCAGGAAGAGUUCGGGCCUAGCAAACAGGCUUCAGAAGAAGCCAUCAGCAUUCACCACUCCCUGGCUUGCAGAGCUGAGGAAUACAACAAGAGGCCGCACGUCUUCCGGCUGAAGACGGCCGACUGGCGGAUCUUCCUCUUCCAGGCCGAGAACGCCGAGCAGAUGAGCUCCUGGAUCACUCGGAUCAACCUGGUGGCCGCCAUGUUUUCCUCGCCCCCUUUCCCGGCCGCCGUGGGCUCUAAGAGGAAGUUCAACCGGCCCAUCCUUCCUUCUGUCACAUCCAAGCAGUCCGAGGAGGAGCAGUUGGAAUCCCAUGAUGCCAUGCUGCAAUCGAUACUGGAUGACCUCGAUGACCAUCAGAUGACCUUUCCAGACAGGAAGUGGAAGGCCAAGGACUUUGAAGAAUACAAAUUGAAGCAGGAGUACUUUGAAUAUGAGGUGAGCCGAUGGAGUUUGGGUUCCUGCGGUGUUUCUCACAUCGCCUCCCCCCCCCCCCCCCCCCUCCUCCCGCGUCUCUCGAACCCCUACUGUCGAUCCAAUCGAGCCAAGUAUCCCAUAAUCCUCCACCACUCAAACCACCUGCCUACCUCCAGGGACACCUAUCUGAUCCACAGUGCUUCCCGGGGGUUGGGGGGGGAUUCCCGCAACCGUUUUGAGACGCAUUAAUCGCUCUACCGAUCG